AUGGCUUCUCCACUUUAUCUGAUCUUUCUGUUCAUGAUCUCAGGAUCUCUUGGGAAUGAAUGGAGUGUGAAAUACAGCCAACUAAAUCUCUGUGCUUUAAAAGGAUCUACAGUGUUCAUGAACGGCACUUACACACACCCAACACGUCUUACAGUGAAGAACAGGUUUUGGUUAAUAAACCCAGCUCACGGUAAAAAGUCGACUGAUCUGCGUAAUGAACCAGGUUACUCAGGCAGAGUGGAGUAUUUAGGAGAUGAACAGAAACACUUCUCCCUCAGACUGAGUGACGUGAAGAAAACAGAUGAACACAUGUACUGCGUCAGAGUCAUAACAAAUGAAGACAAAGAAAAAUUCCAGGGUUUUCCUGGAGUUACACUCACUGUUACAGAUCUUCAGGUGAUUGCUCCUGCAGAAGUGACAGAGGGACAAUCAGCCAUUCUGACCUGUAAAACCACCUGCAGUCUGACUGAUCCCACAUUCAUCUGGUACAAAAACAGACGUGGUUUAACCACAAAGACCACCAAGAGCAAUGAAGUCCACCUGCAGCGGGUCAGCAGUGAGGAUGCAGGCAGUUAUAGCUGUGCUGUAAGAGGAUAUGAACAUCUCCCCUCUCCUGCUCAAACCCUCAGCGUCAGAUAUCCUCCAAAGAACGUCUCAGUGUCCAUCAGCUCCUCUGGUGAGAUAGUGGAGGGCAUUUCAGUGACUCUGACCUGCAGCAGUGAUGCUAACCCACCUGUGGAGAUCUACACCUGGUUUAAGGGGAAGACAUCAGUAGGAAAAGGAAAGGCCUACAUCAUCUCCAAAAUCAGAACUGAGGACAGUGGAGAGUACAAGUGCAAGUGCAGUAAUGAAGUCGGACAUCAGGACUCCAUCGGUGUAACUCUGAAUGUUCUGUAUCCUCCAAAGAAUGUCUCAGUGUCCAUCAACUCCUCUGGUGAGAUAGUGGAGGGCAUUUCAGUGACUCUGACCUGCAGCAGUGAUGCUAACCCACCUGUGGAGAUCUACACCUGGUUUAAGGAGAAAGAAUCAUCACCUGUAGGAUCUGGACAGAGUUACAGAGCUCUACAGAGUGGACAGUACUACUGCGAGGCUCAGAAUAAACACGGCUCUGAGAGAUCAGCUGCAGUGUCCGUCACUUUAAAUGGUUUCCUUCAUGGUUCUUUGAUUGUGUAUGUGGCUGUUGGAGUUGGACUUUUUGGGCUUGCAGCUCUUCUCUCUGCACUCUUCUGGCUGAGAUGCAAGAGAAAGAAGAAAAAGGAAGAUGAUGGUGACUAUCAGACCGCUGGGCCGAGUGCUAAAGACGACACGUACGCAGCUCUCGAUCUCGCAGGCCGGACAGCUGAUGAUGUGUAUCACACACUUGCAAGGCUGACGUCAGGGAGGAAGACAAGAACAAACCUCUGCCCAUUGACCUCCACCCCGUUUGAGAGUGACCACUGUGCCCUCUACGUCCCCCCGCCACGCUGCUGCUGUCUGCUCGCCACGCUCAUCUCCGGGAUGACCAUGCCCUCACCCCACUUCACCAUGGUGGAGGAUGUGGGCAUGAACACAGACCCCAGCAUCAAGAUGGACCCCAUAUUUAAACAGUUUCUGCAGACCCAUCUACAGCAGCAGGCAGUGACCCAGGAGUUGGCCGAAAAAAGUCUCCAGGUCCCAAGAGCUCCUGAAACUGAGGAAAGGGCCAUCUGCCCCUUCAGUCCCCCUCAAACCCUGCCGAGAGGUCCAGCACCGCUUGACCAAGCUCACCCACGAAGAUGA